AUGGCCGCGACGUUCGCGGAUUACCUCGGGAUGGCCAUGCUCACCCCGGCGCUGCCCUACUGGUGCGCGGACGAGGCGGGGAUGACGCCCGCGCAGGUGGCGACGUGGACCGGCGCCAUCACCACGGCGCAGUACGCGGGCGCCGCGAUGGGAAACUUCGCGGUGGGCGCGGCUGGGGACGGGCUGGGCGCGAAACGGACGCUGCUCGCGACGCUGCUGGGCGACGUCGUGCUGUUCACGCUCACGGCGGUGGAGACGCGACCCGGGGCGCUCCUCGCCAUCCGGCUCGUCGCCGGGGCGUCCUCCCCUCUCGUCGCGGCGCUCAUGUACAUCCUGCAGAGGGCGGAGGACAAGGCGCAGACGCUCGCGGGAGUCAACGCGUACUCGCUCAGCGUCAACGGCGGCUACGCCCUCGGGGGCGUCGUCGUCGGACUCGCGUACGGAACGAUGGGGUGGCUCGGGUUGAACCUGCUGUCCGCGUGCGUCGCGGGCGCGGCGCUCGUCUUCGUAGCCGUCGUCGCGAAGAGAGAUCUUCCGGCCGUCACGGAGAGCGGAGCGAGGCGCAGGGAGGAGGCGGAGGCUGGCGUCGGGGUGGGCGCGGGGAUGUCCCCGAGGGCGAGCUUCGCGGUGGGCGAGGCGGGCGAGGGAGGAGGCGGUGGGGGUGGGCCGGGGGGGAAUCGGGGCGGCGGCGGCGACACAGCCGGCGACACAGCUGGCGACGGGGCGUUGACGCAGCUGGAAAAAAAAGUCUCGGUGUUUCGAACGGGCGCCAUGGUGAGCCACUGCUACACCGCGUUCAACACCGGGUACCUGUUCAUGGGGUUCAUCGUGCUCUUCGUGCUCAUGGCGAAGCAGGUGCUCGGGUGGUCGGUCGUGCGCGUGGGGUGGGCGUUCAUGGCCAUCCCCGUCGCCAACGUCGUCGCCAUGUACGGAUUGAUACCGCCGUUUGUCGCGCGGUUCGGCGUGCACUGCAGCAUAACGUGCAGCUCGAUCGGAACCGUGAUGGUGCUGUCCGUCUUGGCCCUCCCCUCGGUGCAUCGCACGCAGGAGGGCAUACUGACCGUCACGUUCUUCCUGAUCCUCUGCGUCGUGCUGCUGCAGGUUCCCAACCAGAUGAGGAUCAAGAUCAUCGCGGAUGCGCACGCGCCGGGCUCGAUGGGUCGAAUCACCGGUGCGAGCAGAGUGUGCUUCGCGACGGGACAGACGUGCUCGCCCAUCGUCGUGGCGCUCCUGUACGUGCAGGACCCGACGUGGGCGGUGCUGUCGAUGGUGUUCGUGGCGGCGGCGGUGCCGGCGGUGUUCGUCGCGUGCGGACAAGCGCUUUGGGCGGACCCCGACUCGAUGGCGGCGGGGCGGGGGGGGGACGGGUCGGGGCGGGGGGUUCCCCGGGCGCGAGCGUCAGGCGCUGAGGGGCCCGCCCCGGGGCGAACGUAA